UGGCUUUGUCCACUGCAUUCACACACACACAGGCUUCCAGUCUGCGCUUGCGCGGCUAAAUUCGGAGCCAGGGGGACACUGACAGCAUGUCUGCACCGCCACUCGUUGAUAUUUAACAAAUUUUUUAAUUUAUUUAUUUAUUCAGGAACAGCGGAUCUCUAGAGCAAUCGACGACCAUGUUCUUGCGUACGGCGUGUAUGGUUCUCCCGUCACCCGGUUUGUUGGCACAUUGGAGGCUCACAGCACAAACACUGAAGAACGUCACUUGUACUCUAACGAGGACACACGCGUCUCAGCGGUACCUGACCUGCUGUUGCUGCUUUGUCGGCUCAACAUUAGCUCACCUCGGGGGACAACAACCGGAACCAUCGUCGACGCACCUCCGCCACAACCGGGACUCCUGCGGUUUCAACUUGGGACCCUUGCAGCGGGUGUGUGUUAGCGCCGAGUCCAUAGGUCAACAACUUGGAGGCCGGUUAUCGAGGGUGUUGAGGCGACAUGAAGGCCGAGCAGACACGGUGGCUUUGUUAGCAGGUAACACUCGGCUUUUAGCCACCAUGGCGGCUAGUCGAGCUUCAUCCGCAUCCUCCAAGAAGACCACCGACGGGGACAACAUUGCGGAGGACCAAAAAACAGACCCCUCAACCCACUGGUCUGCAGGAAAAGCCCCCGGGGAGUCAGAACCAGAUGGAGAUAAACCUAACAAGACCCAGCAGCUAAAAAAAGUCUUUCAGGAAUACGGAGCUGUGGGAGUUUCCUUUCACAUUGGGAUCUCCCUCAUGUCCCUGGGAAUGUUCUACCUCCUCAUAUCCAGUGGGAUUGAUAUGGCAGCCGUGCUGAGCAAAGUGGGGUUCAGCGAGGCCAUCAUUCAGUCCAAGAUGGCAGCGGGGACCAGUACCUUCGUCCUGGCCUACGCCAUCCACAAACUCUUUGCUCCCGUUCGCAUCAGCAUCACCCUGGUGUCGGUGCCACUCAUCGUGCGCUACUUCAGAAGGACGGGGCUGUUCAAACCACCCACCUCUGCGCCCUGAUGACAUCGCUGUAUAACCAGCGUCCAGCCAUAUUUAUAAGUGUCCUCAACAUUUGCCUUGACGACUGCUGUUGUGUGAUUUUAGUGGAAUAAUACUGAAGGAUAAACAAAUGCAGUACAAAUGUAUUUAGACUAGUUGAAUUUGAUGUACAAUCAGGGAUGUUUUAGUUUUAGCAUUGUUUGUUCCUUAAGGAAGUGAAGGUUCCUCAUGUGGACUACUUCCUGUCAGGACGCAGUGGUCCUUCCCCUUCAUUCUCUGGGCUGAGACAUCUUUAUUUACUUUCCUUUGCAACAGCAAGUUCUAAUCUUCAAAUCCAGACGAAUGAAAGUGUUUCAUCAAUAAAAAUGGAUGUUGCUUGCAUUUGGAACCACAAUAAAUCAAUCAUAUUUUAAUGUACUUUUUUUUUUAAUCGCUCAUUUUGUUUGAGUUCCUUAAUCAAUCCGUUCCAUAAUUUGAUUCCCCAUAAUGAUAUGCUGAAGGUUUUUUGUGCGUAUUUAAGUGUUUUAAGUUAAAUUUUUUCCCUGAGGUCAUAUUCCCCAGGAAUGAGUUUUGGUCAAGGACAAAUUUUGCUUUAUUCAGUAUUUAUUUAGUAUUGAGGUAUUUAAUUGAACCAAAGUCAAAUUCCUUGUUUGUGUAAGCAUACUUGGCCAAUAAAGCUGAUUCUGAUUUCUUGCCACUUUAUGUUGCAUAUUUUU